AUGAUAGCUUCUAGUGGACAAACAGUAGCUUCUGGUGCUAUUGCUAUUAGUAUUAUAGCACUUAUUGCUUGUUUAUCUUUUUUCGUCAAUAUUAGCAUGGAUGUUAGUGAUUUUCAUAACAAUUCUCUCGAAGAAAUAGAAUAUUUUAAGGAAAUUUCUAAUGGUGCAUGGAAUCAAAUGAUGCUUAUUGAAAAAGAUAUUGAAAGAGAGCAUAGAGUAUCACAUAUUAAUGCUAUUUUCAGACAAAAAAGAGGUGGUUAUGCAACUGGUGGAGCUUCAGCUGCAGUUCAAUCUGCUGGUGGAGCCGCUCAAUCAUGUCCACCAGGACCACCUGGUCCAGAUGGAAUUCCAGGAACUGAUGGAGAACCAGGUUUAGCAGGAGAAGAUGGAAAAUCAGGAGAAUCAGGAAUGAGUAGUUCAUCAUACAAAACAGAAGAUGCAUGCCCUCCAUGCCCUGCUGGACCACCAGGACCACCAGGACAAGACGGUCCAGCUGGGCCAAAUGGACCAGACGGUGCACCAGGAAAUGACGGAGGACCAGGAAAUCCAGGACAAGAUGGUCCUCCAGGUCCACCAGGUCCUCCAGGACCACCAGGAAACCCAGGAACAGAUGGUCAACCAGGAGCACCUGGAAAUCCAGGAACAAAAACAACUUCAAUUCCAGGACCACCAGGUCCACCAGGACCACCAGGAUCAGAUGGACAACCAGGAGGUGAUGGACAAGCUGGAGGCGCAGGUCAACCAGGUCCAGCAGGACCUCCAGGACCACCAGGAGGACCAGGAAAUCCAGGAACUGAUGGAGCACCAGGUCAACCUGGUAUGGCAGGACAACCUGGAGGUGAUGCAGAAUACUGUCCAUGUCCUCCAAGAACUGGUGCUGCUUCAGCAGGAGGUUAUGGUGGUUCAGGAGCAGGCGGAGCUGGAGCUGGAGGCGCAAUUGCUUCAGCUGCAUCAGGCGGAUCUGGUGGAAGUUAUGGUGGAGCAGGAGGUGCAGGAGGUGCAUCAGCUUCAGCUGCAUCAGGUGGAUCUGGUGGAGGAUAUGCUGCUAAAAGUGCAGCCCCAGUAGCUUCUAAUGGAGGAGGAUAUGGUGGAGCAGGAGGUGCAUCAGCUUCAGCUGCAUCAGGCGGAUCUGGUGGAGGAUAUGCUGCUAAAAGUGCAGCCCCAGCAGCUUCUAAUGGAGGAGGUUAUGGUGGAGCAGGAGGUGCAUCAGCUUCAGCUGCAUCAGGUGGAUCUGGUGGAGGAUAUGCUGCUAAAAGUGCAGCUCCAGUAGCUUCAAAUGGAGGAGGAUAUGGUGGAGCAGGAGGUGCAUCAGCUUCAGCUGCAUCAGGUGGAUCUGGUGGAGGAUAUGCUUCUAAAAGUGCAGCCCCAGCAGCUUCAAAUGGUGGAUAUUCUGGUUAA